CCCACCUGAUGCUCUCACCUGAUACUCUAUAAUUUACGUUCAGAUACUCCUACUCACACACUUUAAAUAAUUUGACCCUACUACUCUAGCGCAGACACCUUUUUAUCUCAUCGGUACCCUCAUUCCUAUGCGUCUUCUGUGUAUUGGGUACUCCCUCCAUUUUGGUUCUGUCAUUUCGACGCCCACAAAUCGGUACCCUCUUUACCUACAUGAUUCGCAUGCAGAAGUCAUCGAAAUACUUGAUCCUCAUCUGCUGCUCCCUUCAUCCUGCCUCCCACUUGUUCUGAUGCUAAUGUAAUCUGUCUACUUGCUUCUAUCCCUACUCUCGCUUCAAAAACAUUCUUCAAUCUUGAUACGUUAUGCUUGUUUUUAAAUGUGGUUUUCUUCUCGGAGCCUUCUUGUUGCUUCCCAUUUUUUUCCCGCUUGAUUGUUCAUUUGCGCCACCGGUCGGCCAUCCUUCAUCUCCUUCGUUUCUCGCACUUCUGGGGAUUCUCGGCCCUGGCCCUAAAUUUGCACCCAAAUACAGUUCCAGACAAAUCCAACACCCACCCAUCGCACCACAAAAGUUACUUCAAAGCCCCGGAAUUUGGCAGCCGUCAUUCUUACAACAUUGUAAUCAUAUGAUACCAGAUGGAGCCAACUCGACCUUCGGGGGACUUUUCCCAACAGUCCCCACCGCCUUAGGCUGGCGUCCUGCAGACAGCGCUCGUUCCAUGGCGGGUGCUGCUCCAUCAACACCGACUUCCCAGAUUCUUUCUUUAUUUUCGUGAAAAAGCAUUUUGGACUGAAUCAUCAGUUUUUUCUUGCUUAGGAUCCACGAAUAGCACAACCAAGCCAGGCGCCUGUCGUCUCCGUGCGCCUGAUCGCUCAGACACCUUAUAUAUUGUCCUGGGUGCCCCGGAUAUAUUGCCAAGACUCGUCAUACUAUCCAUACACUGACCCGAAGCUUAUCCAGAAAACAUGAAUUAUAUGUGCAUCCAUUAAAUUUCCAUCUGCCGGUAUCUUUCCUCCCUCUUGCCCAAAUGCCCCAGCUACAGAUGAUAAUAACCACCAUAGAAUACAUAUCACAUCCUUAGCAAGACGCACAAACCACGCUCCACCCUUCAUGGCCCAAAUUCACAACCAAAUUACACCACAUCCACCCACCGCCAUCAAAACACCCCUCAAGCUCAAAAAAGGCGUCUGCGCCA